AUGGAUAUUCAACCAUUAUUCAAAGCUGUUGGUUUUCUUCUCCUCUUAAUAUUUGGGAUACCAGGGAACAUCUUUAUCAUAUUCCGAUUCACCUACAGCAGGCUCCUUGAGAAGAAAUUACUACCCACAAAUAUCAUAUUGAUGACACUGGCUUUAGCAAAUUUACUUGUUCUUCUGUCUCGUAUCAUUCCUCAGUUCUUAAACGCCAUAGGUAUAAUAGAUUUGUUGGAUGACUCAGAGUGUAAACUGGUUAUAUUUACCUACAGAGCAAAUCGAGCAAUGUCAAUAUGUGUCACCAGUUUGCUCAGCUGCUACCAGUGUAUCCUUAUAACACCAAACACCAAAGUUUGGAUUAAUCUAAGAAAAAGAGUAACGCAAAAUAUUCUGUUUAUUAUAAUAGUGCUUUGGAUUAUUAACAUCUCUGUGUAUCCUUAUUUUGUUCUAAAUACCCUAGCUAGGAGAAACCUAACAACUUCACCAUAUACUUUACACUUGGUAUAUUGCGAUGCUGACUUUUUGAAUUAUAUUGCCUAUAUAGUUAAUGGAUUUUUUUAUGUUUUAAGGGAUUUUGUUUUUGUAGGACUAAUGAUUUUGGCAAGUAGUUAUAUUAUAUAUUCAUUGCUUCAACAUGAAAAGUGCAUGAAAGGCAUAAGAAGUUCAGACAAAUACAAGAGAAGGACAGUAGAAUACAAGGCAUCCAGGGCUGUCAUCUUGCUUGUUAUUCUGUACGUGAGCUUAUUUGGGUUGGACAACUCUAUGUGGAUCUACACACUGAAUCUUUCCAAUGUGAGUCCAGACAUGAAUGAAAUUCGAAUCUUCUUAGCAUCAUCGUAUUCAGCUCUAAGUCCUGUAGUCAUUAUAAUUACUAAUCCCAAACUCCAGCAAUGCUUUUUACUUUGUAACCGAAAGAGACCCCUAUCUUUGCCUUAUGAACAAUGUUUAGACAGCAAUGGACAAGUGUAUUCUAUUAGUAAAUAA